AUGAGUGCAUUCGGAGCUAAACGAAAAGCCCGCAAAAUUACCGUCCAAGACGACGAGGACGAUGUGAUUCCAGCUGCGUCCUUGAACCCUCCAGAAGAACCUCAAGGACCUGCGUUACAGCCAUCUUUCAAGACGGCCCGAAGACCAUUCAAGAGCUCCUCCCUAAGGAAGAGUGUUCAUGUCGAUAAGAUUGGAGAUGAUAAUACUUCUGCCAAUCAACCCACACAUACAAAUCCCAAAAUCACAACAGAAGACGACAACGAGAAUGACGGCGCAUCACCUUUACGAACCCGGCCACCGCUAGGAGGGAAAUCAGCUGCUGCAAAGGUAAAAAAACGGGCAUCGAGUUCACGUCUAUCCUUCGGCGUACCUAGUGAAGAGACCGCUGCAGACGAUGACGAUUCUAUGAUCUUAGGGGAUGAAUUCCUUACGCCUAAGCGAGGAGCUGCGGUUGAGAACAGCGCCUACAAGAGGGGAAUUUCCAAGAAACUGCCCCUGGACCGGUUACCUAUGCGCUCUCUCGAUACCGACGAAGACCGCCCACGCUAUAGCAAGGAAUAUCUAUCCGAAUUACAACAAUCCACCCCGAACACCCCCCAGGACAUAUCCAAGCUACGCCUAAGUGCCGACGACGACGAUGACGAGAUGGCCCUCGACCCAUCCGAGCUUGAGGGCGCCCUCGUAGUUGAGACUACCACCGCCCGAGCCCCAUCACCUUCGAAAGACACAGUUAUCCUAACAGAAACGCAAAUCCAAGAGAAGAAAGCCCGGCGAGCGCGUCUAGCUAAGGAAGAGGGCAGCCGAGAUACCGAGGACUUCAUAUCCCUCUCCGACAACGACAACGCCGGGGACCCGCGCGGCCACGGUGCCUCUUACCUAACAGUGCUCUCGCAACGCCAGGACCAGCCCCACAAGUCGAAGAAAGACACUCGUCUGAUAGCCGAAGACGAGGACCUCGGCGAGGGGUACGACGAGUUCGUCGAAGACGGCGGGCUCUCGCUCGGCCGCAAAGCCGAGCGCGACGCUCGACGGCGUCGACGCACCGAAAUGGCGUCCCUCAUCACCGCAGCCGAGGGCGCCGACCCCGAAAACAACCCCAACCAGGACGCGGGCUUCGAGUCCGACGCCUCCGAAGCUGAGCGGCGCGCCGCGUACGAGGCCGCGCAGACGCGCGCGGGCAUGGACGGACUCGCCGCGGAGCGGGAGUCGCAGCGGCGGCGCCUCGAGGCCUCGCAGCACGUCGCCAUACCGCGGAUCACGCCCUUGCCCGACUUCAGCGUGCUCGUCGCCGAGUUCAAGGCGCGGAUGCAGCGGAAGGCGGAGCAGGUGGCGAAGCUGCGGGCGCGGAUCGAGGAGCUGAGGGGUGAGAGGGAGGGCAUCGCUGUGAGGGAGCCUGAGGUUCAGAGGCUGCUGAAUGAGGCUGGGGAGAGGUACCGGGUCUUGAUGACGGGUGGUAGUGGUAGUGGAGAGACUGCGAACGGUAAUGGCAAUGGGGAAGAAGGAGAAGAAACGGGAACCAAUACGGGCGUGGACAGCGUCGCGGCUGCAAGGUCACUGUUGGAUCGAGCUAGAAAUGGAGGCGGCGGCACGCCUACCGGCCAGAGAGGAUUGGAGAGCUUGGGGACGACGCCUGUGAGGCAGGAGUCGCGGAUGGAGUUUUGA